AAGAUAAUCAUUAAAUUUUUUUUAUCUAAUAUUAAUUGAUUCAUUUAAAUUUUCUUGAUACACGUUGUAUCGAUACCAAAUUACUCUCCCAAUUGCAAUGCAAUGAAUUUUUUUUUGGGUCCCUCACAGAUUUAAUGAAUCCCUUUUAACGUGUUCUUCCUCACAAUCGUUUAACGUGUUCUUCCUCACAGAUUACGAGGGUUACAUCCCUUUUAUCUUAUUACCUGGUUCGGCUGAAAGACUUACACAUGUUUACAUACCCUGAUCCAUCUAUACCUACUAGGGUUGAAGGAGAAAGACGAGUACAAAUGUACACUAUUGGGACAAGGGGAAGAACUUGUUUUUUUACCAAGACGAAGAAGACUGUCCGUUUCAGAACACGGUUUGGACAAGGCUGCAUGGGCUGUAGAAGCAUCCGUAGGGUUCGUAACGUCUUCUCGGCCCAUUUAAAUGGAUCUCGGAGAUUAUUGCCCUCGUUUCUUCUUUUGUCGGGCAGCAGGUAGAAAUUAAUGUCAGAAGAUAGUCUUGGGCACAAUUGGACUUGAAUCAUGUUAUUCUUACGUUAAUGAGGCCCCAUUGCUAGCCCAGCUACGUCAGCUUUGUUUCAGACCGUGUUGGAAAGGUGACCUGAUUUGGUUUGGGCCUUACUAUACCCAAUUUCAUCAGUAGGUGGUGGAGAAAAAAAAAAAAAGGGAAAAUAAUUCGACUGAAAUUCCAUGGUGAUAGGUUAGACCCACCUACUCCCACCAACUCCUUCGGUAGGACCCACUACCCAACCCCACCCGGAAGGAAGGUCCACAACUGGGUUGGUGGAACUCACCUACAGCGCCUAAUCUCCCAUCUCUUAUCUCCUGCCUUUCCCUUUCCCCAACUACCCCAAAGCACCCGAUUUCUUCUUUCUCCCACCCUGCCCCCAAAUUCCCUCCCUCGACUGGGCAAAGAAGUCGGAAUCAAGCGAAUUCAACAAUAUGGCAUCCGAAUCGGCGGAGCAGAAGCCGGAGACGCCGCCCAAUUUCUGGGGGGACAUGCCGGAGGACGAGUACUACGCAUCCCAAGGGGUGAAGAAUUCCCAAUCCUACUUCGAAACUCCCAACGGCAAGCUCUUCACCCAGAGCUUUCUUCCCCUCGACAAACAAGUCAAGGCCACCGUCUACAUGACCCACGGCUACGGAUCCGACACCGGCUGGCUCUUCCAGAAGAUCUGCAUCCAUUUCUCCACCUGGGGUUACGCCGUCUUCGCCGCCGAUCUCCUCGGCCACGGCAGAUCCGACGGCCUCCGCUGCUACAUGGGCGACAUGGAGAAAAUAGCUGCAACCUCACUGUCAUUCUUCAAGCACGUUCGUUACAGCGAAGAAUACAAGGACCUGCCUGCCUUCCUCUUCGGCGAGUCCAUGGGCGGGCUAGCCACCAUGCUCAUGUACUUCCAGUCCGAGCCCACGACCUGGACAGGCCUGAUGUUCUCGGCCCCACUCUUCGUGAUCCCGGAACCCAUGAAGCCCAGCAAGCUCCACCUGUUCGCGUACGGCCUCCUGUUCGGCCUGGCCGACACCUGGGCGGCAAUGCCGGACAACAAGAUGGUCGGGAAGGCCAUCAAAGACCCGGAGAAGCUGAAGAUCAUCGCCUCGAACCCACGCCGGUACGCGGGCAAGCCGCGGGUUGGGACGAUGAGGGAGAUCGCCAGGGUGUGCCAGUACAUACAGGACAACUUCUCCAAGGUCACUGCGCCGUUUUUGACCGUCCAUGGCACUGCCGACGGGGUCACCUGUCCCAGUUCGUCGAAGCUGCUGUACGAGAAGGCGAGCAGCGAGGACAAGAGCUUGAAGAUCUAUGAAGGGAUGUACCACUCGUUGAUACAGGGGGAGCCUGACGAGAAUGCGGACAUUGUGCUGAAGGAUAUGAGGGAGUGGAUUGAUGAGAGGGUUGAGAGGUAUGGCUCUAACUAAAUGAUCAUAAGAAGGUGAAAAUUGUCAUUUAUGUUUGAGAAAUUUUUUUUUUUUGGUUGAAAAAAAGAGGAUAUUCUACAUUGCUUACAAUGUUGAAUCUCUCCCUUAAUUUAUAUAUGGGUUGGGAAAUUGGAGAGGGCGGCUCUUACGUUGUAUUGUUGCGGGACUAUGAGACUCUGAUCAUGUUUGUAAAUGACUAGAGGAACCUCUUUGUUCACAAAAAUAAAAUAAUACAAACUACAAACCAUCCUUUAGACCAACUUUAGUGGAGGGUUAAAAGUUCAAAUAUUUGAAACUAAUGCACUUUAGUGGGAUUCUAAAAAUCCAAAUAUUUGGAUUGGUCCAAAUUUUGGUUCCAAAUUUGGACCACAAGAAGACAAAAUUCUAAAAUUGUGGGACCCAAAAUGCAAGGGAAGAGUGAUGCGCGCCAACAAGGGAGAUGAGAUGCACGCAUAGCCGGUGUAGGUUUCUUCUUGUGCGUGGUUGCCACUGCCGCCCAUGCAUGGAUUUAAUUGAUAGCUCUUUUAAUUUGUAUAUUUUUUAAUUGUCUCUUCGUUCUCACUUCAUAUAAAAACAAAAACCUCAAACCUAUUUAAUUUGUACAUGUUAAUUGAACAAGAAUGAUUGUAUUUUAGUUAAUUAGGGAUAAGCAAAAAUUAACAAAAGUCGUGCUAAUUAAGAUGGGUAGGAAAUUUAAUGAUGAAAUUUUUAUGUUCAAAUUAAAAAAAAUAUAUAUUAAAAUGUUCGUCUUAAUAAAUUAUUAGUACCUAUCUAAAAAUAAUGAACAAAUUUUGUAAUUAGAAUGAUAAAAUCUACAUUAAACCGAAAUAUGAGUUAAUGCCAAAUUAUGAAAUUUUGAACUUUUGGAACUCUGCACUAAUGCAAAAACACUUUUGGAGGGGCUAGAAUUAGAAUUAUAGCCCCAAAUUUUGGAACUUUAGGACCAUGCACUAAAGAUGGUCUUAGUCACAUGAUGGUUUCAAAAGGCCUACAUUUGGGCCUUGGGCCUUGGUAGAACUUGGGAUCAAAUAUAUUGGCCAUAGGGGUGGGCAACGGGAAACGAGUAUUUGGGUAUACCCGUACCCGUCCCGUUUUUUAAGGGUUACGGGUACCCAUAUUACCCGUAAUAUUAUAAACGGAUGGGACUUGGGAUUGUACAUUCUUAAUAUGGGUACCCGCGAAUACCCGUUUGGGUAAUAUGGGUACCCGUUAUACCCAUUCAAUACAAAGGCAGCCCAACCCAAUUCAGAACCCAUUGGCCAUUUCGGCCCUCACCCUUGUAAUUUCAAUUCCAUUUGCCAUUUGGGCCUAGGGCCCUUACCCUUUCAGUGUGACUCAGCUUCUCUGCUAAAGAUUUUAGCUUCCCAUGAACCUAAAAAUUUGGACACUUUCUGCAUUCAGCAACACAAGAAAAGUAGCAGCAUGCCUCCCAUUUGGUUGUGUUGAAUGAAACUUAUUUGAUAAU